AUGGGGAAAGCCAUGGGGAAGCUUUCGUCAUCAAGAAAAGUGACAGUGUUAAUAAUUGGACAGAAUGGGUCAGGCAAAACAUCUUUGCUACACAACCUGAACUUGGGAAACAUCACCAACACGUUCACCGACGACUAUGAGACUAUCGAAGCCCUGUCUGGAGAGCGGGUACAGGCUGUGGCAUGGAACAUGUUCGGUUCUCGCUGUGCCGGUGGAAUAUUUACAUACUAUCGUAACAUAGAUGCCUUUAUUUACGUUGUGAACGAUCGAGGACCGCCUGAUAACAACAUGGAACUUGCUAAGGUCGUAUUUCAAUUCCUUGAGGCUAGACGUUUUUCCAAUUCUAUUUUGGCAGUAGCCGUCAACCAAAGAAUCACGGGAGAAGGGACACGGGUGACAUUAGAAGAGGUUCGUUCUGGGCUAGAUUUGGAUAACUGUUCCCAUGUAUACGAGCUCUUCCCGAUAGUAGCGACAACGGGUGAAGGGUUGGACAAGUUACAGGACUGGCUCUCGCAGGAACUGGACAAGAUGUUCGCGCGCCAGUGCUUCUUUGGGUCAGGUGACCAACAACAGAUACAAAAGCGUGACAUCGCAUCAUUUCACACGCGGAUCCUCACCUCAUUCAAGGGAUUGUUUACUAGGAUUUAA